AUGGAAAACCAUAGAAAUAUCUCAGAAUUCAUCCUUUUGGAACUUUCUUAUAACCAGAACAUACAAAUAUUUAGCUUAGUGCUCUUCUUAUUCUGUUACAUGGCUCUCUUGGAAGGAAACCUUCUGAUCCUUGUCUCCAUCCAAUGCAGUCCUCUUUUUCACCAACCAAUGUACUACUUCCUCCUUCACUUAGCCUCAAUAGACAUCUGCUAUACUUCUACUGUGACACCAAAAUUAAUUGCUGACCUUCUAGUGGAAAGAAAAACCAUCUCCUAUGGUAACUGCAUGUUACAGGUCCUUACCAUGCACUUCUUUGGCGGUACCGAGUUCUUCAUCCUUACGUCCAUGGCCUUUGAUUGUUACGUUGCCAUCUGCAGACCUCUCCACUACAUGACCAUCACGAGCAGGACAAGGUGCAACCUGCUGAUCUUAGCUGCUUGGGGUGGUGGGGCUCUUCAUGCCUUUCCUCUGUUUUCUACAGCAGUUGGGCUGCCCUUCUGUGGUCCUAAUGAGAUUGAUCACUACUUUUGUGAUAUUUUUCCUCUGCUGAAAGUUGCCUGCACCAACACCUACAUCUCCGGUGUUCUCGUGAUUGCGUUUUCAGGUGUGGUUGCCUUAGUAACCUUUGUUGUCUUAUUUGUUUCUUAUGGCAUUAUAUUGUUCACUCUAAGAAACCUCUCGGCUGAGGGAAGACGCAAAGCUUUCUCUACCUGUUGGUCUCAUAUCACUGUGGUCAUCUUAUUUUUCGGGCCUGCCAUUUUUAUCUACCUUAGACCUCCUACUACUUUUCCUGAGGACAAAAUACUUGCACUGUUUUACACCAUCAUUGCUCCUAUGUUCAAUCCCUUAAUCUACACACUGAGAAAUACAGAGAUGAAAAACACUAUGAGAAAAGUCUGGUGUCAAACAUUAUAUUCCAAGGGAGCACACAAUUAA